CCUCCAGGCCUAUCGCUGGGUGCCCGGGGCUGCGAGUGCGGGGACCGCCCUGAGGUCCCUUCCCGAGCGACCUCCGGGACCUCGUCCAGGGCCUCCCAGGAAAGAAGGGUCUAAAAUAGAGAAAGUUGCUAACCCUUAUUGAGAGGACUAGGCUCUCUUACCUUCGAGGGUCGCUUAACCCGCACUUGGACCGUGAGAGAGAUACCAUUGUGUAGUUUGAAUCAGGAAUGAAAUCUUCUGAAAGCUGAGAGCAGAAGCCUUCUUGGUCAACAUGGAGGACAAAAGACGGCGAGCCCGAGUGCAGGGAGCCUGGGCUGGCCCUGCUAAGAGCCAGGCCAUCGCUCAGCCAGCUCCCACUGCUGAGAACCAUCUCCAACAGAGACCUGGUCAAACCUGGAUGAACAAGGAGCAUCGUCUGUCUGACAGACAGUUUGUGUUCAGAGAACCCCAGGAGGUGGUACGCAGAGCCCCAGAGCCACGAGUGAUCGAUAAAGAGGGUGUGUAUGAAAUCAGCCUGUCACCCACAGGCAUAUCUAGGGUGUGUUUGUAUCCUGGCUUUGUUGACUUAAAAGAAGCCGACUCAGUAUUUGAACAGCUUUGUCAGGAUGUUCCCUGGAAACAGAGGACUGGCAUCAGAGAGGAUGUAACUUACCAGCAACCAAGACUUACAGCAUGGUAUGGAGAACUUCCUUACACUUAUUCAAGACUCACUUUGGAACCAAAUCCUCACUGGCAUCCUGUGCUGCUCGUGCUGAAGAACCAAAUUGAAGAGAACACUGGCCACACCUUCAACUCCUUGCUCUGCAAUCUCUACCGAAAUGAGAAGGACGGCGUGGACUGGCAUAGUGAUGACGAACCUUCGCUGGGGAGGUGCCCCAUCAUUGCUUCACUCAGUUUUGGUGCCACACGCAUGUUUGAGAUGAGAAAGAAGCCCCCACCAGAAGAGCAUGGAGACUACACAUAUGUGGACAGAGUGAAGAUACCCUUGGAUCACGGGACCUUGUUACUCAUGGAAGGAGCCACCCAAGCAGACUGGCAGGGCUACAGGCCUGCUGAGAAGAGGAACCAUCCUGCAUCCCCGGUAAUGGCCACCCCGUGUCCCAGGGUGGCCAGGGGACGCAACCUAGCCUGUCCUGGAAAGACAGAGUCCACCGGGAAGGCAGACCACACUGACAAGUACGAGUAAAUGAGAAGGCCUUGCAGACAGUGACCGAGGGGGGAGCCUUGAAGAGGGUGGCCAGGAAGGCCGCUCUGAGGAAGCAGCAGGGGAGCCGAGACGUCCUCAGCGCAGGGAAACAAACGGCUUGGCCCAGGCCUCACAGUAAGUUCAGGUGGAGCCAGGCUAGGACCUGUCUUUAGACGCCCAUUCUAGUCAUCUCCCUCCUUCUAGAAACAUCCUUCUCUCGGGUUCUGACAUGUGCUUCUGGUGUCGCUCUUACCCUGUUGGGCGUUGCUUCUCUGCGUCCUUGACUGGCUCACGGUCCUCCCAGUGCUGGCUGGUCCCAGCCCUUCUCUGCCUGGAAGGUGGGUUUUCACCCGCUCCCCUAUCUACACCCUGACGCGUCCCAAACGGCCACCUACGUCCCUCGCCUCUCCUCUAAGUUCCAGUGUCCUGCUCGACCUCUCCACCCGGAUGUCUAAUGGUUCUCUUAGUUGGGACAAUCUAAGUCAAUAUAACAGAGACCCCAAAUUAGAGUAGCUUAAAAAUAUUCUGUUGAUAGCUCUCUCACAAAAUAGCUCUAAGGGAAAUGUUUCGGGUUGGUGGAGAGCUCCGUCCCACAGGGUCAUUUAGGGACCCAGACUGAUGAUGGCACUGCUGUCUUUAACACGAAACCUCCAGGGCUUCCAGCCAGUGUGAGGGAAAGAACACGGAAAUCCCAGGCGGCAAUUUCUUCUUAAGCAAGUGAGACAGAAGUCUGACUUCUGCUCCCUUCCACAGAUGAGAGCUUAGACACACAGCCCCACGGAGCUGCAAAGGAAGCUGGGAAGUGGGCCCAGCUGGGCGGACAGCUAGCAGUCUCUACCACGCUCCACCCUCUAGAAUGGUGCGGCCUUCCCGCCCUGGUGGUGGGGGACCCCCUUCUCUGGGGGCAGCCCCCUCAUCCCGUGUCUCCCUGGCCCCCGGCUUUGCCUUUGGCACAUUUCUCCUUGUCUGUGGCUCUCCACCCAACAGGGUGUUGAAAGUCUGUCCUCCUUGAGCACUUAUUUAGGCUGGGGCAAUCAUGGGCUUUUGAAGUCUAGCCUUUCAAUUUUGUUGAUAAUAACAAUCCCUUCAGAAACAUAGUAGGCUUUGGGUCUUUCUGCUUCUAGUCAGUUCCAUGGGCAGUAACCACACCCCAAGUUCCUUUCUUGAUGGCGUUACUGUCUGUCUGUGUUGCCCAACCCACCUCUUUCUCUCCCAUUUUAAAUGAAAGUUUAAAAGUCCCUAAGGACAUCUGAAAUAAUAGACUUGGAUGACAAGGCAACACCCCUAAGAGAAUACUUUGCCACAAGGGUGAUUCCUUUGUUUGGCUUAUUGUUUGACCUAAUAGACAGGCUUUGAGAAAGGCUCUGAGCGCCAAUGGUCUGAUCUCCUGUUCUUUGGGCAAAACCAGUUGGUUUUUCCAACCCUGAGGACAGUGAUUUUCUAUGUUAUCUCCUUUUCUGUUCAUCUCUUCUUGCAAACCAGCCAAUCUCUUUCUUGUAGUAUCUUGCUAAAGGCAGCAUCAAGCAGCCAACACAUGCAAAUGUUUUUGGCUCUUUCCAACCAUUUUUCUAGAAUUAGUGGCUCAAGUAGGCAUGUGGUCUGCCUUCCAAAUUAUCACAGGUAAUGUUUUUAUUAAACGUUUUGUCACAACAUAACAAGGAUCACUGGUUCUCCGUUCUCCAGUAUUUGUUUCCAUGUUGCUCACCACCUGUUUGUUGGCCAAGCCAGUGCCACAUGUUUUAGGGUUUUUAUACAUGGCAGCUUUCCAUUCCUGGUACCAAUUUCUGUAUCAGAGUAUUGCUAAGCUGCUAUUAAAAGGAACUCCCCAAUACAGUGGCUUUAGGAUUAGAGAAAUGAAUUUUUCUCUCACAUAAUAUGGUUCUGAUAUGAUCAUUUCAGGCGUCACCCUGGUGGGUAGUGGAUUUUGAUGGGUAACCUGCAGACCCCACAAUGGCCCUCCCCUCCCCAACCUUCUCUUCCCCACACCCCUCCCCUGUAUCAAUGGCACCACCAUCUAACAUUUGCUGAGGCCAAAUACAAAGACGUCAGCCUUGAUUUCCACCCCACUCCCCUCAACACCUCCUCCUGCCAUCCAGUCCAUCAGCAGGUUCUCUCAGUUCUAUCCCCAAAUCCCAAAUCUGACCACUUCCCUACAGCUCCAUUUUCUUCACUCUCAUCCAGGUCUUCAGUGUCUUGUAUCUGUGGGUCAUGUAAUGAUCUUCUAUGUGGGAUCCCUGCUUCUUCCCCCACCCUUUCCAGUUACUCUUCACACGGCAGCCAGAGUGAGCUUUUAAAAACAUAGAACGGAGCUUCCCUGCUCAGAAUGCUCCAGUGCCUUACCAUCGCCCUUAGGAUAAAAUGCAAUCUCCUGACAUAUACACACUACUAUAUAUGAAAUAGAUAACUAAUAAGGACCUACUGUAAAGCACAGGGAACUCUACUCAGUACUCUGUAAUGACCUAUAUGGGAAAAGAAUCUAAAAAAAGAGUGGCUAUAUGUUGAUAUAUCACUGAUUCACUUUGCUAUACAGCUGAAACUAACACAGAAUUGUAAAUCAACUAUCCUCCAAUAAAAAUUAAAAU